AUGCCCACACCUCUCCCUCUGCAACUAGACAGAAUCCCAAACCAAGAUAAAUUCUUCGACAAUCCCUCCUAUUUCAGAAGCCUCGCAGGCAAACUGCAAUAUCUCUCGUUGACUCGACCAGACAUUCAGUUCUCAGUAAACUUGGUAUGCCAGAAGAUGCACGAGCCGACCGUCUCAGAUUUCAACUUACUGAAACGUAUUCUCAGAUAUCUUAAAGGGACAAUCAACAUGGGAGUCUCCCUCGAGUCUGAUACGAACUCACAGCUCAGGGCCUACUGUGACAGUGAUUGGGCCGGGUGUCAGGACACAAGACGUUUCACAGAAGGCUUCUGCACCUUUCUCGGUUCCAACUUGAUAUCAUGGUCGGCAAAGAAACAAGACUCAGUGGCUCGGUCGUCUACAGAAGCAGAAUACAGAACUCUCUCAGACACAGCGGCUGAGCUUGAAUGGAUAGUUGGUAUGUUGAACAGCAUUGGCGUAAAGCAACACACAGCUGCAUAG